ACAGUCGCUUGUAACAGUCGGCGAAGCUCACUGACACAGCACUGCCCUCAGGCGUGAGGAGAACGAAKCCAGUGCAUCGCUACUACUAACCAAGUAGAGACGAACCCAAACCUGGACCUUCACUUCGGUGACCAACCAGUCGCAAACGUGGCGAGAAAUAUUAUCCGAACGAGCGUGGUACUGAACAUGAGCACGGAGAUGUUCGCCAAAACACCGAUGGAGGUAGCCGUCUACGAGCUGCACAACUUCUCCAUCUCUUUCUUCUCCUCGCUGCUCGGAGGAGACGUCGUGUCAGUCAAACUUGACAACAGUGCCUCUGGUGCUAGCGUUGUGGCCAUUGACAACAAGAUUGAACAGGCAAUGGACCUGGUCAAGAACCACCUGAUGUAUGCGGUGCGUGAGGAGGUGGAGAUCCUCAAAGAGCAGAUCAAAGAACUGGCAGAGAAGAACAACCAGCUCGAGCGGGAGAACUACCUGCUCAAGAACCUGGCCAGCCCCGAACAGAUGGAGAAGUUCCAGUCCCGCAUCCCGACGGACGUGCUGCCGCCCCUGGACAAUCAGAACGUCUCGGAGCCGCAGCAGACCUGCAACCACAGCGCUGGAUCUGCUGUAUAAGUGGCUCUGCCUUGGGGCGGGCAGAGCCACAGUCUCUUUCCGGUAAUGGACCUCGAUUUUGAACGUAUGCGUCAAGAAAUCUCCGCCACCGAGAACCCCUUCGACAACGAAGGAGAAGCGUCGGGGCUGCAAAAGAUCGAUGGGACUCAUAUGAACUGUUGUCACUGAACAGCAAUAAAAAAAAACCAGAACUAGAGACACUCUUGACUGGUGCCGCAUCAGGCCCAUCAUGUGAUACCGUCCAGCUCUUUGUCGUAGUCUCUCUUUGUAGGCACAGGUGUAAAGAGUAGAGAUGGCAGGCUAGACCCAGAUGAGCGCUUGCUUUCAGACAGAGGGUGGAUUUUUUUUCCCACCCUGGCCAAAAACUCUUCCAACAGUCACCCAUCACUCUGUAGAGGUGGGGGUGAGGAGGUGUUGAUUGGGCUCGCCCUGCAGACCUGGAAAACCGUGAGGACUUUGCUGUCUCAGCAUCCUGAGGAGACCCAUCUGUGUCGGUCCUCCACGUCUCAGCAAGAAAAGCCCCCGUCAUGUGGAUUUGUCCCAUCUCAAAGUACAAGUUUCAAGGACUCUUAAGCCACACAUUUCUGACUCAAAUGGACCUUUCCUGUACCUACACUGUGUUGCUAACGUGUUCAUGCUCAUCGAAGCCUAACAAGAAAAUAAAACAAAAUAAGCAACAGAGGUCAUUACAGUCGAGUCUAAUAGAGCUGCAGUAGACUAAUUUGUUAUACUGUAAUGAUUUCACAAAAGUGUAGUCUUGCAGUCGGGGGCUUGCUGCUUAUGGGGGACGUUAAUUCUGUUUUUGUUUAUAAUUCUGAACAAAAAUCAGUUUGUUGUACAGUAGAAGUGAACAUGUUUUUUUUUUUUAAGUUGCUUUUGUAACAACUAAGGCCAUGCAUACCCAUGCUGCUCACCUAACGCUCAGAAAAAACUACAAUAUCCACAGAGCCGAAACAUCUCAAAGUAGUCGCCUGCUUUUCAAGCUGCAGGUGCACUCGUUGAGUUUUAGCAGUGUCAUCCACUAUCUGAUKUUAUUGUUUUGUUUUUUCUAUCAGAUGGAAAUUCUUGCAAAACAACGGCACGACAACAGUGCCUGUAAGUAGGAGAGGAGCACAUUUCUACAAUGACUUUGGAUCAGCGAUGCAUUUUUUUUUUAGCUACCAAAGACUUGUAAUUUUUUUGAAUUAUUAUUAUUUUUUUACAAAACGGCAGAAGCUGAGCAAACCAGGACCAUGUGUAAAACUGCACAGGGUGACGUCUUGCUUGUAGCUGGUGCGAAACGUCGUGUUUUGUAAAGAGAUUGGUAUUGUUGCUGUAAAGUAUCCUCCGAACUGUUGUACACUAUGGUGUUUUGGAUACAACUGCACAUUUUAAAUAAACCAUGUGUUUAUAUAAUACGUUA